UUGGUGUACGCGUCGAUUUUGGGGGGUUUCCGUAGAUUUUCGAUGCCGCCGAAGGUCACCAGUGUGCCAAUGCCACCGCGGUCAAUAGCUUCGCACUCACCGUCCUCCGCUCCCGUGACAAGACAAGAACUUCUUGCUCACCGCGUCCUCGCUCCUGCGAAAUUGGCAUGACAUUGACAUCUCCACGAUCCCCUCACGAUCUUCCAAGAACAUUCCUCGCGACCACGACCAUCGCUCUCGAAUCUCGAUAAAACCACCCCCAGUUUGCCGCUGAGCUGCUCAGAUUCGGAGCUUGGCAACAAGCGAGAGCGAGCGUCUGUCUCUCUCCGUCCACGAGCUCCCAACUUCUAGACGCCGGGAGCCGGCGAUGGCGCCGGCUGCUGUUGGCCUUAGCCUCGAGAGGAUAGCUAUGGCACCCACCGUUCCACCAUCCGGCAUCGGCGUCGACAGUGCCACCGCGGAGGCGGAGCUCCUCUGGGAGUUGCGCAAGUACGUGCUGCUCCUUGCCACGCUUGCGGUCUCCGUCACCUACUCCGCGGGGCUGAGUCCACCAGGCGGGUUCUGGUCCGACGACGACGCCGACGCCGACGGAGGAGCGCGUCUCGCCGGCGACCCGGUGCUCCUCGUCACCUACCCGCGCCGAUACAAGGCUUUCUUCUACUGCAACGCCACCGCCUUCGUCGCCUCCCUCGUCAUCGUCAACCUCCUGCUCGUCCGCUCGCUCUGCCACCGCCGGCGGUGGCUGCGCGCGCUCCAGGCCGCCAUGCUGCUCGACCAGUUCGGUCUCAUGGGGGCCUACGCCGCGGGCAGCUGCAGGGACGUGGCCAUGUCCGCCUACGUCUUCGUUCUCGUCGCCUUGGUUGCCUGCUACGUCUCCGCCCACGUCCUCGUCUUCGUGCUCUUCGCCCCGACAGCGCGCGGCCACGAAGUCACGCCGGCCGACAGAGUGGACCGCGCGCGCAAGUACCUGCUCAUCUUCGCGACGCUGGCGGCGACCGUCACGUACCAGGCCGGUGUCAGCACGCCGGGCGGGUUCUGGCCGGGCAGCCAGGGCAGCGACCACCUCGCCGGUGACCCCAUGCUCCGCGUCCACCACCCGUCCCGCUUCAUGGUCUUCUUCUACUCCAACACCACCGCGUUCGUCGCGUCGCUGGUCGUCGUCAUGCUGCUCAUGAGCAACACCGUGACGCAGCACGGGUUCCGGUCAUGCGCACUCUGGGUGUGCACCGGCGCGGCCAUGGUGGGGCUCAUGGGCGCCUUCGCCUCCGGGAGCUGCAGGAGCCUCAAGACCUCCAUGUACGUCGUCGCGCUGGCGGCCGCCGUUCUCUUCUACAUCGCCAUUCAGGCGCUCGUCUUCUUGUGCAAACCCGUGGAGAAUUUGAUCCACGAUGUGCAACAAGCACUUGAAAGGUACCUCAACAAAUUUGAGAGAUUGGAGCAGCAAAAUCAGCAGCAGCAGCAGCAAAGCAGAGCAUCCGAGCACGGCGAUGACGACGCGUACCAGAUUCUCAGGAAGUCGCGGAUGUAUCUGCUGCUGCUCGGGAUUCUUGCGGCGAGCGUCACAUACCAAACCGGACUGAACCCACCGGGCGGCUUCUGGCAAGCCGAUGCCGCCGCCCACGGUCGCCACCACUACCUCGCCGGCGACCCGAUCCUCCACAUCACGUAUCCCCGGCGAUACCUGGCCUUCUUCUACUGCAACGCCACCGCCUUCGUCGCGUCGCUGGUCAUCCUCAUACUCCUUCUGAGCAACAUACUCAGCACCCAGGGGAUCAAGUACUGCGCGUUGCAGAUCGCCAUGAUCCUGGACCUGUUUGGCCUCAUCGGCGCCUACGCCGCCGGGAGCUGCCGGCAAGUGUCCAAAUCCGUGUACGUCUCCCUUCUCGUCGUUCCCGUGUUCCUCUACGUCGGCAUCCAUGUCGUGGUCUUCAUGUUAGAAGUGUGGCCGGCUCGCCCGGCAUGGAGCCAAAAGUUGAGUGAGAAGAUGGAACUAUGCGCACCCAGCUGGCUCAAGGAGGUGCUCGAGCACCCCGAGAAUGGGGAACAGGAGGCGGCGGACAUCGAGCGAGCACUGGAGAAGAGGCGCAAGCUUCUGCUGCUUCUUGCAAUCCUUGCGGCGAGCCUCACCUACCAAGCCGGCAUGAGCCCGCCGGGCGGCUUCUGGCAAGAGAGCAAGCUCGGCCGUGUCGCCGGCGACCCAGUGCUCAACGACAACUACCCGCGCCGCUACGUGGCCUUCUUCUACUGCAACGCGACGGCCUUCGUCGCGUCCCUGGCCGUCAUCAUGCUGCUGGUGAACAGGAAGCUCUCGGAGGGAGGGAUACGGUCUCACGCACUGCGGGUGUGCGUGAUCCUCGACCUUGUCGGCCUCAUGGGCGCCUUCGCCGCCGGGAGCUGCCGGAAGGUGUCGACCUCGAUCUACGUCCUCGUUCUGAUAUUCGCAGUUCUACUCUGCAUCGUUCUCCAGGUCACGCUGGUCUUGUCGGAGACGGCGCGAGGUCUUGCCAAGAGGCUCCUGUCAAAGCUCGGAGCAGUUGAAGACCAAGCCGGAGCCGACGGGCGGCAUGGCACGCCCGUCGCUGCCAGAAGGGCGCGUGAUCUCUGGGACGAGAAGCUUCCCAAAUACCUGCUGCUGCUCGCCGCGCUUGCCGCGGCCGUCACGUACCAGGCCGCAAUGAGCCCGCCGGGCGGCCUCUGGGGCGACGGCGUCUUGACCGGCCACAUCGCCGGCGAUCCGGUUCUCACGAGCAACUACCCGCGCCGGUACAAGGCCUUCUUCUACUGCAACGCGACGUCCUUCAUGGCGUCCCUGGUGAUCAUGGUCCUCCUCCUGAUCAAGAGGGUGAGCGACACCCCGCCGGCGCUCUUGGCGCUGCACGCUGCCAUGAUGCUGGACCUAUUUGGACUCAUGGGUGCGUACGCCGCUGGCAGCUGCAGGAGGGUAAGGACGUCAGCGUAUGUCUUGGCGCUGGUCGUCGGGGUCUCUGCGUACAUUGUUGUGCUCGUUGUGGCAUCCAUCGGCAUAGCGCGGCGACUGAGAGGCGCCAUGAAUAAGCUGUCGGAGCAAGUCACACGGUGCUUUUCCGUGUAUGAUAUGUAGAAACCGUCUAUGUCGAAACAAAAUGAUUUGUACAGUAGUAGAGUAUAGAAUUGUAGGGUAGCCUGCCCUGCCCCCAUGGAUCCCAAAUGUGGCAGUAGGACUUUGUUUGUAGCAUAAUUGCUUUAGGACUUUUGCUUCUCUCUCGUAACUUU